UCAUCCAAAGAGGAAAUCCGAGAUAAUCCUAGAACCCCAGUGAAAAUACCUCUCCCCAACCCGUAAAUAGUCCAUUUCAUUUAUAAAAAUAAUAAUGAGGGUGUUCUUGAUAUUUCUGGCUGUCGCAUCGGUCUCCUACGGCGCCUUCAAUUGCCCCAAAAAAGACGGUCAGUACGAGGACCCAGUGCAGUGUGAUAAGUACUACCACUGCGAGGAUGGCGUAGCUACUGAAAAAUUAUGCCCAGACGGACUCGUAUUCGAUCCCCUCAAUCGCAAGAUCAACAAGUGCGAUCACGUAUUCAACGUCGACUGCGGUGAACGUCUGGAAUUACAGCCACCGCAACCGACCAAGAAGUGCCCGAGGAGAAAUGGCUUCUUCGCUCAUCCAGACCCAACAGUUUGCAAUGUUUUCUAUAAUUGCAUUGAUGGAGAGUCCGUGGAGAUUACUUGCACUACUGGACUGCAUUUCGACGAGUUCACUGGCACCUGCGUGUGGCCGGACAGCGCGGGACGAGAGAAUUGUGGAGCUGUUGGAAAGACACUGAAGGACGGAUUCGAGUGCCCCAAGGACCGUCAAGUGGAUACGAGAGGAAUGCUCGUGGAUCAUCCGAAAUAUGCACAUCCGGAUGAUUGUCAGAAGUUUUAUGUAUGUCUGAAUGGAGAGACGCCACGAGAGCAAGGCUGCAGUGACGGUACUGUCUACAAUGAGGCGACGCAGAUGUGUGAUGCACCUGAGAAUGUUCCCGGCUGUGAGGACUGGUACAAGGACGACGCCAAGAAGCCCUAGGGCGCCAUUGAGGCACCAGCUGUCCCGCAUCGGGACCCAGGCGUUUCAACUUUCACCAAAAUUCCGGCUCGAACGCCAAAAAAAAACAAAAAAUUACUGUAGCCAUGUAAAUGUUUUUAUUUUUAAUAAAACCCUGUCUCAUUAACUGUA